AUAGUUAUCAAUUAUCAGCUUUGUGUCAGGUAUAUCAUUAGUUAGCUAAGUUUCAGUUACCAGGAUCAGUGUUGGCCGUUUCAUUUAUACCAAGCUGCGAAGGGAAGUUAUUUUGUUAAGGAGAGAUCGAGCAUUUAAGAGCAUAAUUUUUAGAAAACCAGUUUUGUUGGGAGGGUAAUUAGUGGGUUUUCUUGUUACUGUCCCUAACUCCUGGUUGCCUAUGUUAUGUUCCGAGGGAUUCUCAGAUGAGACAUUGUCAGUGUGUCUACUAUUCCCUGAACAAAUUGUGCUGCAAGAGGGGCUAUUGUUUGCUGCAACCGAAAAUAAUCCUGUUGCAUAUAUUGGUUUCUGGCCUCAUUACAUGGGUAUCUGGAAUCAUUCCUUGACAUUAGAUAAUCUGUUUCACUAUUCAGAUUGUUAUUUACAGGGCCGAAAUAACCUGUUUCUAGGUUGUUUUGAGGGUAGUGCGUGCCAAGUCUUUCGCAGUUGUACAUUUGUGGACUCAUUUCGUGCAUGUACAUAGAAGGACCAUGAUUCAAUCUAUACCCG